AUGCUUUCCCUCGCCAUCGCUAUAUGUACGUCUAGGUUACCCAUCGUAUCUUCUGUUUUUCGCUAUCGUAUCUUCCUGGAAUUUGUCAUUAGCUAUAUAGCUAAUUUUAUGAAUGUCUCCCGUAUAGCUCCUGUUUAUUCCUUUUCUGCUUAUCUUGUCUAUUCGUUCUGUUCUCGUCCAUUCAUCUCUAUCUCUAUCUGUGUAUAUAUCACACCACUCUGAUUAAUGGCUGGAAUCACUGUUUUUUCCAUUUCAGUGUAUUUUUGUUUUUUUUCGUGUAUUUCUUCAAAUUUACUGUCUAUACAAGCAUCAUCAUUUAAAUCCAUAGACUCACUUUUGUUUCUUCAUUGUAGCCUCGGUGUUAAUGCGAAUGGUUUUCAAUGCUUAGGUAUGCUCGUCCGAAUGCUUCCGGUAAUUCUUUAUAGAACAUCUGAUGUCGAAACGACUUUUUUGCUAUUUCUUGCGCUCCAGGGGGAAUCAGAGAGGAACAUGCAACCCUUUGAUGCGAGGUCACUCGCGCUUUUCAUAUAUCGCACUCAGCGUUGCACCUUACAUUUGAUAGUACGGAAGCCAGCGUUUUGUUUAUGUACACAAUCCUGUCUACAAGAAUUCUAGGCCAACCCCUGGUGCAGCUAGCCUUUUUUGCGGCAAAGGUGGAGGAGGUCGACAGUCUACCUUCUUCAACUU